AGAUUUUGGCAAUUAGUUUAGGUUGCCAUUUUUCCUGUUAUUAAAAUCCUCGAUAUGUCAGCUUCAGACCUUUUGCGUAAUGGUUAGGGUCUAGAAAGUAAUUUACACACCUUCAUGCACCAUGCUUACAUCUAGAAAUUGAUUCAAAUAUAUUGUGCAAAAUAUGUCGGGACUAUCAUCUCGGAGAAAUUCCUCAGGCAGAAGAAAUUCCGUUCUCAAGUCUAAUUUGCUUAAUCGGCUUGACAGUAGAAAUUAUCCUUUGCCAUGGGCUGCAAACGAGAAGUCCACAGUGAUCGAACAGCAGGAGGAACUUGUUAAAAAGCUGAAUACAUACUACAUCCAACUGAAGACACAUAUUCUGCAACACCAAAGUCCUACACUGGGACUGUUUCCUGAAAUUGGCAAUGAGGAAAACCCAACUCACAUAGCACAUGUCAGGGCUAGCAUCUAUUCUGCCGUGGCUGUGUGGUCAUUAUCUCAGGCUUACAGAAAAGUGGACGAUGACCAGGGUCGGACACACGAGUUGGCCCAGAGUGCAGUCAAGUGCAUGCGAGGAAUUCUUUUCUGUUGGAUCCGACAGGCAGACAAGGUCGAAAGUUUCAAAGCCAAUCAGAGAGCUGAGUAUGCCCUCCAUUCAGCUUUCCACAUGGUGACCGGUGACCCAGUGUACCGUGAUGAUGAGUACGGCCACCUACAGAUUAACGUGAUUGGGUUGUACCUGAUUUUUCUGGUGCAGAUGAUCUCAUCAGGAUUACAGAUUAUAUUUACAACUGACGAGGUGAAUUUUGUCCAGAAUCUUGUUUUCUAUGUUGAACGAGCCUACAGAACUCCUGACUAUGGAACAUGGGAGAGGGGGAGCAAGUACAACAACGGCUCAACCGAAAUUCACGCCAGCUCUAUAGGUAUAGCUAAGGCUGCACUUGAAGCCGUGAAUGGAGAAAAUCUCUUUGGAAAACAAGGAGCUUCCUGGUCUGUGAUUUUUGUCGACUAUGAUGCCCACAAUCGAAAUCGGACCAUUUUUGAAGGAAUUUUACCCAGAGAAUCUAAUUCCAAGAACACAGAUGCAGCUCUAAUAUCAACGAUUGGUUGGCCCACUUUUGCUUUGCAUGAAGAAGAUGUCAAGAAAAGGACCUUCGCUAAAGUGCUCCGCAAACUGAAAGGCAAAUAUGGCAUCAAACGAUUUCUGCGGGAUGGAUAUCGCACGGUGUUAGAGGACAGUAAACGGAGAUUUUAUAAACCAGCAGAAAUCAAACUGUUUGAUGGCAUUGAGUGUGAGUGGCCAGUUUUCUACAUCUAUUUGAUGAUUGACAGGAUUUUCCAUCAUGACAAGGAGGGAAUUAAGUACUACUCAAAACUACUUGAGCCACUGCUGUAUGACUCAGAUGGAGGUAAACUGGUUCCCAAGUUUUAUUAUGUGCCAAAAGAAAAUAUCGAGGAGGAGAAGAGAAACCCAGGAAGUAUGACGCGAUAUCCGAGUGCAGAGGGGUCGACUGACGGAACAUAUAUGCUGGGCCAAUCAAUUUAUUUCAUUUCACAGUUGCUUGUCCAUGGACUAUUGAAUUUGAAUGAUCUUGACCCCAUUAGAAGACACCUGCCAGCAUCAGAGCGACCUAAGGUCAACAUGAGAUACUCAUCUUUUCAGAUCACACCCCCUGACCUUGUGACCCAGGUCAUAUUGAUUGCAGAGAGUUCCCGCCUGCAGCAGCUCCUUGCUACCUAUGGAAUUCAGACCCAGACCCCACAUCAAAUUGAGCCGAUACAGAUCUGGUCUCCCAAGGAGCUCUCUAAGGCGUACGAAUACCUUGGAGUCAACAAGAAGCUUGGGUUGACGGGGCGACCCAAGCGGCCGUUUGGGGUUCUCAGUACUUCUAAGAUAUACCGGGUGUGUGGGUCGACGGUGUUGUGUUAUCCUCUAGUGUUUGAAGUCAGUGACUUUUACCUAGCCCAGGACAUCCCCAUCAUGCUCGAUGAUCUUAAAAAUGACCUUGCAUUUUUAUCCAAGUGUUGGAAGCUGUCAGGGAGACCCACUUUUUGCAUGAUAAUUAGGGAGAGCAAUGUCAGGGGACCUAGCUUUAGCGAGUUUUUAGACCUGCUUGCUCAGUUCAAGCGUGGAGAUGUAGAUGGAGUACGAGUUCGCAUGGGGAAACUUCAGUCUCUCAUUACCUCUGGAUGUGUAGAACACCUGGAUUUCUUGGACAAGAUUGGAGACCCUACAGACGUUUUUGUUCCUUUUGAAGAGAAAACUGUUGGUACCAGUUUCAAGAGUCUGACAGAGAUUCCUAAUUUACCUGAACUGAAUGAUGCCAUGCUAAGAUUUAACGAAGAGGAUCUUGCCCGGAAACCCAACUGGGACCUGAUCAACAUGUUGAAAUCUACAGACGGGAUCAUUUCUCAGAGUCAGAUCCUGAAGGUGCUGUUUCAGAGGGAGGGUGCCCACUUCUGGAUUGAGGGCGAGUCUAUCACCCAGAAAAUGGAGCGUCUGAUCCAUCAGGCCGGACUCUACAAGGAGUGGUCAGCUGUCCGGCUACAGUCUGCUCUACUGCGCAAAACUGUGGACAGUCUUGCUCCAUCGGUCACCACAAUACUGGUCAGGGGAAAACAGGUGACAGUGGGGAUCUAUGGCCAUGAGGAGGAGGUGCUGGACAAGCCUGUGAGCCCAGGGUACCUCCAGGACCUCAUCUUUAAGAUCUGCUUGCCACACAACAUCCAGGAAGCCGUUCUACAGCAGGAACUCAUUCUGGGAAUAGGGAAGUUGAUCGCAACUGCACCUGAUCUGUUUGAAGGAAUUCUGAAAAUCAGAAUAGGCUGGUUUGUGCGAGCAAUGCGGUUUGAACUGGAACAGGAUGAGGAGGGAGUUGAACUCCAUGACCUUUCUCCUAAUGAUGUCAAGGCCAUUUUGAUCGCUGUUCUGGUGAGGAAUGUGUAUGAUGCGGACCUAAGGACUCCUCUACAGAAACGACAGCUAGACGGUGCCCUGAAUAGAGUCCCCAAGGACUUCUAUGACAGGGUGUGGUCCAUUCUGGAGAAAACUCCAUACGGCAUCAAAGUAGCUGGCUACCUCCUGCCACAGCAACCAACACUGUCAGACAUGACUAUGUAUGAACUGAACUUUUCUCUGCUGGUGGAGCAAAUGUUGAGCAAGAUUGUAGACCCAGCUUACAGACAGAUUAUGGUGGAGACAUUUAUGGUGGUAUCCACCAUGUUAGACAGAAAUCCGGAGGCUACCUUUGAUCAAGCCGUGAACAUGGACAGGAUGAUAUCUGAUGCUUUUGAGGCCUUUCAGCGAGAUCUUAAUAAGAGCGAGGGGCACGAGAAACAGGACGACAUGACAAAGUUCUUCAACACGCCACCUCAUGUCAAGCAGGGAACGUCUAGGUACCUCACUAAAGCGGUCAUCAACAGUCUGCUGGACGGAGAAAUGAAAGUCGAGUCUGAAGACAUGUGCCUCCUCGCAUGACAUCACCUGUCUGUCAAGCAACUAAUGACCUAUUACCAAACCUGUUGCGAUUCCAUGUGUAUUGUUAAAACUGUUCAUUCGUUGUAGAAUUAAUUGGCAGUUAAGGUGAUCCAUUAUGAAAUGAAGUAUUGUUUCAUUUUGCUAAUGAUUUGGAUUGAUGGAAGAGUCUACCACAAUUUUGAGUUUUGCUGAGAAAGCAAAUGACUUUGUUGUAAUAAUGAUACGCUUUGAUCUGAUGAAAACUUGCUUGUUAUAGUGAGUCUUUAAUAGAGUACUUUCCUUCCCAAAGCUUGAUUAUGUAUUUAUGAAGAAAUAAAUUUUGUUAUUGUUUGCAA